AUGGGCAACAACAACGCGGCCGACGGUGGACUGUUGGCCGGGCGUGGACCAGAGACCCUGGGGACUGGCGCUGGGCUUGGGGGCGCGGGUGUGGCGGCGUUGGUGGGGGGCGUGCUGCUUAUCAGCAUGGUGUUGGCCGGGAAUUCGCUCGUGUGCUUGAGCGUGGCGUCCGAGCGCACCCUGCAGACACCCACCAACUACUUCAUCGUGAGCCUGGCGGCUGCAGACCUCCUCCUUGCAAUACUAGUGCUGCCACUCUUUGUCUACUCCGAGGUCCAAGGUGGAGUGUGGCUGCUGAGCCUCCGCCUCUGUGACACCCUCAUGGCCAUGGAUGUCAUGCUAUGUACUGCCUCCAUCUUCAACCUGUGCGCUAUCAGCGUGGAUAGGUUCGUGGCCGUCACGGUGCCUCUGCGCUACAACCGGCAGGGCCAGCGUCAGCUGCUUCUUAUCGCAGCCACAUGGCUGCUAUCAGCCGCGGUGGCUGCGCCGGUCCUGUGCGGCCUCAACGAUGUGCCCGACCGCGAUCCAGCCGUGUGCCGCCUCGAGGACCGCGACUACGUAGUCUACUCGUCCAUUUGCUCCUUCUUCCUGCCCUGUCCGCUCAUGCUACUGCUUUAUUGGGCCACAUUUCGCAGCCUACGACGCUGGGAGGCAGCCCGGCACACCAAGCUGCACAGCCGCGCUCCGCGCAGACCUAGCGGACCUGGUCCGCCAAUGUCGGACAGUGCUCAGGGCCCCUUCCUCCCAAACUGUCUGCCCUCCUCACCCAGCCUCUUGCAGAACCCCAGAGGCUCCAGCCAGCCUGAGUCAGAGCUCUCUCAGAGACCCUGCGGCCUGGAGUGUUUGCUCCCCAAAGCAGAGCUCCCACAAGCGCCAGCACUGCCUUCCCGCAGAAGCGGAGUCAAGAUCACAGGAAGGGAGCGCAAGGCAAUGAGAGUCCUGCCAGUGGUAGUCGGGGCCUUCCUCGUGUGUUGGACGCCUUUCUUCGUGGUGCACAUCACGCGGGCGCUUUGUCCGGCUUGUUUCAUGCCCCCUCACCUUGUCAGUGCAGUCACCUGGCUAGGCUAUGUCAACAGUGCCCUCAACCCCAUAAUCUACACAGUCUUCAACGCCGAGUUCCGCAGCGUCUUCCGCAAGUCUCUUCGUCUCUGCUGCUGAAAAGGACACUGAUGUUCUGAGGUCAAGAAGAUCCAAGCCUGUGCGCGGAGUGC